UGAGUUUGUUUACGUUUUUCUGAUAAAAGAGACAAUUCGGGAGUUGUCAGUCAAAGCCCAGCUCUUUAAAGCUUUAUACAAGAAAGUUGAAGAACGAAAAAGGUUUGCUUGGCUUGCAUGAAAAUACCCAAAACUAUGAUCCUUAAGCUUGCACUACUACGUAGACCAUACCACACACUCACAAGUAGAACACCCUCUGAGAUUCCUCCCCUGCCCUCCACCAUUUCUCACUACCUUCGCCUUCUCGCUUCAUGCGAGGACUUCAAGUCCCUGCUUCAAAUCCAUGGCCACUUGAUAGUCUCAGGCCUGAAACAAGACCAUUCCAGUGUGACCCAUCUCAUCAAUGCCUACUCUUUCUUUGGAAAAUGUGCUGUGGCUCGUUUUUUAUUUGAUUCCACGCCAAACCCAAGUGUCAUUCUUUGGAACUCUUUAAUCAGAGCUUAUACAAGAUCAGGCUGCUAUAAAGAUGCUUUGAGGAUGUACCAUUGCAUGGGAGAACAGGGUCUGGAACCGGAUAAGUAUACCUUCAAUUUUGUUGUGAAAGCGUGUACUGGUGCUUUGGAUUUGCAAGAGGGUGUUUUAGUUCACCGUGAGAUUGCUCGCAGGCAGCUCGACCGUGAUUUAUUUAUAGGGACUAGUCUCGUUGAUAUGUAUUGCAAAAUGGGUCAGUUAAGGAGUGCAAGUGAAGUGUUUGAUAGAUUACCUAGUAAAGAUGCUGUGGCUUGUAAUGCCAUGAUUGCAGGUUUAUCACAAAGCUCGGAUCCAAGUAAGGCAUUGGAUUAUUUCCGUAGCAUGCCGUUGUUGGGUUUAGUGCCGAAUUCAGUGAGCUUGUUGAACUUGGUUCCAGCUGUUUCAAGAUUAGCAGAUUUUGAUUCCUGUAGAUCUAUUCAUGGUUAUGUGGUUAGAAGGAAUUUUGGCCCUGCAGUUUCAAAUGGGUUGAUUGAUAUGUAUUCUAAGUGUGGAGAUGUUAAUGCUGCUUUCCGGAUUUUCAGCCUGAUGCAGGGACGUGAUGAUGUGUCAUGGGGAACAAUGAUGGCAGGUUAUGCCUUUAACAAAUUUUUUAUGGAGGUUUUGGAAUUAUUUGAUUGCAUGAAAGCAGAAAAUCUUAAGAUGAAUCAGGUAUCAGUCAUAAGUGCUCUCUUGGCUGCUGCUGAGUUGAAAGAUUUAGCAAAGGGGAAGGAAAUUCACGAUCGUGCUAUUCAAGAGGAGCUAAAUUCAGAUAUUUUGGUCGCCACUCCUAUCAUGACAAUGUAUGCAAGGUGUGGAGAAGUAGAGAACGCUAAAGAGUUGUUUGGAGAACUUCAGGGAAGAGAUUUAAUUGCAUGCUCUGCACUUAUAUCUGCUUGUGUACAAUCUGGAUAUUCUGAAGAGGCACUGUCUCUCUUUCGUGAUAUGCAGAAUGAAAAUUUGAAACCAGAUUGGGUAGCCUUGACUAGUAUCCUUUCAGCAUGCGCAGACCUAUCAGCUGUGAAAUUAGGUAAGAGCAUCCACUGCUAUUCUGUUAAGGCCUGUAUUGAUUGUGAUAUCUCAACGGGAACAGCUAUAGUGUCAAUGUAUGCUAAAUGUGGAUUUUUUGCUCCUGCAACAAUACUGUUUAAUAGAAUGCCAUGUAAAGAUGUUGUAACAUGGAAUGCUUUGAUAAAUGCAUAUAGCCAGAAUGGUGAUCCAUACCAUACAAUGGAAGCGUUUCAUAAGUUACAGUUGUCUGGAAUACAUCCAGAUGCUGGAACCAUGGUGGGUUUGAUGCCAGCUUGUACCCUAUUAAAUGACCUCAAUCAAGGUGCCUGCAUCCAUGGACAGAUUAUAAAGAUUGGGUUUGAAUCUGAUGCCCAUGUUAAAAAUGCUCUUAUUAGUAUGUAUGCCAAAUGUGAUAGCAUAUCCUCAGCUGAGAUUUUGUUCAACAGAACCCAGCUGAUGAAGGAUGAAGUAUCUUGGAAUGUAAUGAUUGCAGGAUAUAUGCACAGCGGACAUGCCAAAGAAGCUAUUUCUGCUUUCCGCCAGAUGAAAUUAGAGAGCCUUACACCUAACUUAGUCACAUUUGUGACCGUUCUUCCUGCGGCUGCAUACCUUUCAGUCUUAAGAGAAGGCAUGGCUUUUCAUGCCUGUAUUAUCCAGAUGGGAUUUUUGUCGAACACACUUGUUGCGAAUAGUCUGAUUGAUAUGUAUGCUAAAUGUGGGAAGCUCAAUCUUUCAGAAAAAUGCUUUAAUGAGAUGGAAAACAAAGACACAGUUUCAUGGAAUGCAAUGCUUACAGGAUAUGCAGUGCAUGGGCAAGGGGAUAAUGCUGUUUCACUUUUCUCUCUUAUGCAGGAUAGUCAUGUCCAAGUUGAUUCUCUAUCCUUUGUUAGUGUUUUAUCUGCUUGCAGACAUGCAGGUUUAGUAGAAGAAGGUAGGAAUAUUUUUCAGUGGAUGCAUGAGAAACACCACAUUGAGCCAAAUUUGGAACAUUAUGCUUGCAUGGUGGAUCUUUUAGGCCGUGCUGGUUUAUUUGAUGAAACUCUAUAUCUAAUCAAUACGAUGCCUAUGAAACCUGAUGCUGGAGUCUGGGGAGCCUUAUUGGGCGCAUGUAGAAUGCAUUCCAAUGUGAAGUUGGGAGAAGUUGCCCUGGAUCAUCUUGUUAAACUUGAGCCUGGAAACUCUACUAAUUACAUAGCUUUAUCAAACAUAUAUGCUCAAUAUGGCAGAUGGGGUGAUGUAGACAAGACAAGAUCAAAAAUAAAUGACUCCGGGUUGAAGAAAACUCCAGGUUGUACAUGGGUUGAGGUUAAAAACAAGGUCCACACAUUUCAGGCCGGUGAUCAGAGCCACCCACAGCUUGAAAGCAUGCAUUUGCUUUGGAACAAUCUGCUUGAGAAAAUGGAGCAAAUGGGAUAUAUUCCUGACAGGAGCUGUGUGUUACAAAAUGUGGAGGAAGAAGAUAAAGAUUUCUUUCUUUACAAUCACAGUGAAAGGUUAGCAAUAACAUUUGCUCUUCUCAACACAGAACCUGGGUCUACCAUCCAACUAGUUAAAAAUCUUCGUGUUUGUGUGGAUUGCCACACUGUAACCAAGUAUAUUACAAAGAUCUCCAACCGUUCAAUCAUCGUGAGAGAUGCUGUUCGUUUUCACCAUUUUGAAGAUGGUAGAUGCUCUUGCAAAGAUUAUUGGUGACUUUGGUCGGAAAUGCACAGAUUGCUCCCAUCCAUUAUUUUAGAAAUGAUAGCAGCUCCCAUUUGGCAUUAUAAGUGUGAAGGGGAGUAGAAGAAAUUGGAUUUCUUAGAACUUCACCACAGAGAAAUCAGUGGUCAUUAACUAGUCGAUGAAUCGAAGCCUCUCACUUCCUAUACCAACAAAAAAGUAUACUUUCUAAGGUGCUGAGUUGGCUUAAUGACACCUGCUCUGAUGACUUAAUUGAAAGAAUCAGACUGAAUUGACCACUACGGUUUGUGGCAUUUGGCAAGGUUUGUCCAAGGGAAAGAAGGAUCAUAAGCAAGGAACCGAAAUUGGAAUAUUGCUUGGAACUUGCUGGUGAUUGCAGAAUGAGAGGUAGGUGGCCCAGAAAAUUCUUUGCAUGAAUUUAUGCAGCCAGAUGAUAAAAGUUUGGAUGAACAUGAUCUUGGUUGGUGAUUUGUUGCUCAUCAACAACUGUGAUGUGUUUAUGUAAAUUGAUUGGUGACACGAGAAAACAAGUUAUUGAAAGAACAAUAAUUAUGAAUCUGUUCCAUGGGUUCAGAUAAACCUUUUACUACACAUGUAUUUGCUACAUAAUUAUGUAAAUGGGUUUUUAUUAUUUCUUUCCUUUCCUUUCUUCCCUUUAUGGGGAACCCCCCAAGACUCGUAGCAUUUUGUUUGUUCUUUCUUUUAUUUAUUUAUUUAAUUUU